GAGGUGUUGAGUCAUGUCGUGUCUUUGUUCUUUUUGGAUUUGUAAGUGUUGAGUGUUGUGGCUUUUAUAAAGUAAGUAUUUAUAAUGGAUAGUCAGGAAAAAAGAAAACUAUUAAAUAAAUAUAGUCAGCACUUUAAACGGCUGACAAACGAUAACAAUUAUAUUGAUAUUGAAAAACCGUCUACCAGUACCAGUGGUAAUCAGUCUCAUUCCUGUACUCCUACUUCUUGUGCCCAAGAUAAUGAAAGCGAAGUAAAUUAUCAAAACACAUCCGAAAAUCACGAGGAAAAUGAUAAUUCCAAUAACUGGCAAAUACCUUUUACAAAUCAAUUAAGUAAUUGGGCUGUCAAGCAUAAUAUAAACCAUUGUGCCUUGUCCGAUUUAUUGGAUAUUUUGCGAAAAAGUAAUCUUGAUGUACCCAGGGAUGCAAGGACUCUUUUAAAAACACCUCGUGACACUGGUUCAAAGAUUAAAAUAAUAGAGCCAGGGUUUUAUUAUCAUUUUGGGUUAGCUCAGUGUCUCGAAAAUUUAAUUACAGAAUUAAAAAAAAUGUGUUGCAUAAGAUGAGUGUUAAUUUAGACAUUUGUGUAAAUGUUGAUGGUUUACCCAUUUCAAAAAGCUCUGGGAACCAAGUCUGGCCGAUUAUGGUUAACCUUAUGAGAAAUAAAAAUGUUGUUGACAUUUGUGGAAUUUAUCAAGGGAGUGAAAAGUCUAAUAGUGCAAAUGAAUUUAUGGCAGAUUUCGUAAACGAGGCUAUUGAAUUAAUUACUAAUGGCUUUGUUUACAACAAAAUUAGAUAUAGUGUGAAAAUUGUUUGUUUCAUAUGUGAUGUUCCUGCAAAAUCAUUUAUUAAAUGCACUGUGGGUCAUACUGGUUACAAUUCCUGUUCUAAAUGUAAUAUUAAAGGCACUUAUAUAGCUCAUAGAACUUGCUUUCCAGCAUUAGAUAGGUUUUGCUUAAGAACAGAUGAUACGUUUCGCACAAAGAAACAGAAAAACCACCACAAUGAGACUUCCAUCUUAGAGAACAUUCCAGGGUUGGAUAUGAUAAACUCAUUUCCACUUGAUUAUAUGCACUUAAUUUGCCUGGGUGUUAUGAAAAAACUAUUAAAUGUAUGGAUUUCAGGAAAACCUACUCAUCGUUUACCUUCUCAACAAAUAAAUAAUAUGUCAGCAAAAUAUUUAGAGUUUAAAAAACAAAUACCAGCUGAGUUUUCAAGGAAACCGAGGUCUCUCUCUGAAGUUAAAAGAUGGAAAGCAACAGAGUUUCGGUUAUUUUUAUUUUAUACAGGUCCAUUACUGUUGCUUGAGCAAAAUAUUUCAAAAGAAAUUUAUGACAAUUUUUUGACUCUUCAUGUUUCAGUAAUUUUGCUUUCAAAAAACCAAAAUGUAAACUAUGCCAAACAGUUAUUAUACCAUUUUGUGCAGACAUUUUCUUUACUUUAUGGGGAGGAAAAUGUUUCUCAUAAUGUGCAUAAUUUACUCCACAUCCCAAAUGAUGUGGAAACAUUUGGUAGUAUUGAAAAUUUCAGUUCAUUUCCCUUUGAGAACAAUAUGAUAUUUUUAAAAAAUCUAGUCCGCAAAGGUAAUCAACCUCUUCAACAAAUAGUUAAUAGAAUUAGUGAACGAAAAAAAUCAUUAAUACAUAAUGGAGAUAAAGUAAAUUUUCCUAUUCUUAAGUCAGAACAUUCUCGAGGCCCACUCCUUGAAACUUUUGCUAAUAUAUCAGUAAAAAUAAAACAAUUUCAAAAGAUUUAUGUUAAUGAUUAUUAUUAAUUAUCAAUAGGUGAAGCUGAUAAUUGUUGUAUGCUUAAUGACAGAACCAUAGUAAUUAUCAAAAAUAUUAUAAUGUGUAAUGAUGAAAUUAAAAUAUUUAGUCAAACAUUUCCUUGUAUAGAAAACUUUUAUGUUACACCUUGUGAAUCAUCAAAAUUAAGUAUCUUUUUAGUAAGUAGACAGGACAUUGAGCUUCAAUAUUGGAAUUUAUCACAGAUUGCCUGUAAAUGUAUGAUAUUAAGUUUCAAUGAUAAAUUUGUUGUAUUUCCAUUAAUACAUUCUAACAGAAUAUAAUUCUCAUUUUAAAUGACCACAAAUAGUAUAUAAGUAUCUGGGAAAGUUUUUAAUAAGUUUGUUAAAAACUUGUAUUCUUUCUAAUGGCUUUUUGUAUAUACAUUGUGAAACAAUUUUGGAUUUGCAAAAAGUACAAAAAUUUGACUUUCCAGUAUUGACAGUUUUAAAAAAUUUACUCUUUGAAAAUAUUUAAAUUUAAAGGUGUGUCUGUUUUGUAAAUAACUACUAAAUAGUGAAAAAUAUUUGUUGAUUUCAAAAUUUUUUAUGCUUAACCUGUUUAUCUUACCAUUGCAAACUUCAACUAAUUAAUUCGUUCCCUUUAUUACUGAUCAUAAACUUGAUGUUUGGUUUUAAUUUUUUAGAUGAUUAUUUACUUGCUAGAAAAAAGCUCUUACGGCUGAAACUACUAGUGACCUUAAUACAGAUACAGAGGCGGGUAAUAAAAGACGUAGAAAGAAGAAAAUUAUAUCCUCUUCUUCUGAAUCUGAUGAAAAUGAUGAACCUACGGAACAUGCAUCAAAUAGGAAGUAAUUUAAAGUUACUAAAAUGCCUACCCCACCAAUUUGGACCAAUGACAUGGCUGAAAUGGUAGACGAGUUAACUGUUUCGAACACACCAAGUCAAACAGGCAAUAGUUCUACCCCUUGCUUUACCCCUGGUCAAGUUCAUCAUGAUCGUAACAUGGGUCCAGGUUCGAAAAGCAAUUACACCACACCAAAAAGGGCCUUGAAGGAAAUACAUGAGAACUUGAAUAAUGUUGUUGCUACAUCACAAAGCACGAGCUGCUGUUGCAAUCCACAACUACUCUAUAAUAUACAAUCAUUACUGAUUGAAAUUAACUCUAAAGUCGGAAAUUGUUGUCAGCGAAAUAUGUAAACUAAUGAAGAGUCUACAAAUAAUAUAUUGCAAAAAUCUGCAAUAAAGUUUCCAAUGGAAACAAAUGAGGAUCUGGAACUUUUUGAGAAUUUUUUCUCCAGUCCUGAAAAUUAUUCGGCAUUGAUUUUAUUUUUUUCCAAACUUGGUGGUAACAAUAUAUAUGAAUUCAUUAGGCGUUGCAUCGGGCCCCUUGUAACUGAUGGCCUGGCCAAACAAUUUUCCUUUACAGGAAACUGGAAGGAAAGGAAAACUGGUUUUUGAAAAAUUAAAUCUAGCUAAAUCUGUACUAGAAGCUGGGCAAAAGGCACAUGGGAUCAAUGGGAUCACCAGAAAGGAGAUUGAAAAAAAAAUUGGCGAUUGGCUACGAAGAGCCAAAGAAAGAGGAUUAAGAACAGAGAAAUUGAAUGUAUAAACAUCUUAUGUAACAUUUUUUACUAGGUAUCGGGAAAUAAAACAUUGUUAAACAAAUCAUAGCAUUGUGUAUCAGUUGCUAUACAGGGUGUAUCAACGAUGUGUGGGUGAGCGAUAGGUGCUUCCCUAUUUGAGAUAGGAAAAAAGCCUUAAAUAAAAGUUGUGGAGAUCAGUGAAAUCUAUGUUACAAAAAUAUUUACCCUUAUACAGGGUGUUGGAUAAAUGUGUGACUUAUCAAAGAUAUGUUUUUUUAAAUGGAACACCCUAUAUAUUUUUACUUUAAAAUCUUUUUAAUGAGUUGAUUUCAAUGGUACUUCACACUUACUAUCUAUUGUGAUUAGUUGAGGAUCUACAGCUACUGGAAAUUGUCAAUUUUUCAAAUUCAGGUGGCUGUAGUAGCUAAACCAGUAAAAAUUUUUAAAAACGGCUUUCAUGUCCCUGUCCUAACUUUUCAAGUUCUAUUGAGUGACAUGAAAAAUUAUUUAAUACAGUCAUUUAAUACAACAUGAAAGCCAUUUUUCGAAAUUUUGGACUGUUUAGCUACUACAGCCACCUGAAUUUGAAAAAUUGACCAUUUCCAGUGGCUGUAGGUCCUCAACUAAUCACAAAAGAUAGAAGUGUGAAGUACCAUUGAAAUCAGCUCAUUGAAAAGAUUUUAAAAAUAUAAAGAUAUAUAGGGUGUUCUAUUUAAAAAAACAUAUCUUUGAUAAGUCACACCUUUAUCCAACACCCUGUAUGAGGGUAAAUAUUUUUGUAACAUAGAUUUCAGUGAUCUCUACAAACUUUUAUUUAAGACAUUUUUUCCUAUCUCAAAUAGGGAAGCACUUAUCGCCCACCCACACAUCGUUGAUACACCCUGUAUGUACUUGUUUACCAAUGCUUUAUACAGUGUCUUCAUUUCAAAACUAGACAGUUCAAAUAUAUUUUGAUUGUAGUAAAAUGUAAAAAAAUUAAAAAAACACGUCAAAUUUUAUAUCAAGGGGGACACUUUUUUUUUCGUAAUUGCAGCAUCGAUACUUCAACCCUCGAGCAGUAGAGUGAACUCCUGAAAUCUAUAUAGGGAAAGUACCAAGUGUGCCAUAUUUUUGAAAAGGUAAUUAUAUGGGGAAUUCAGCAAUACCAAUAUUGUUGUGUCAAAUUCCGAUUUUAGCGCCCUCUUGAGGAAAAAAUAAUCGUUACGUAAUUCAAAUUGUGACACCUCAUUCGAAAGCUAUUUCUAUUGCUAAUUAAAUGCAAUAAAUAAUAUUAUCCUGAAAUCAUAUUUCAUAAGUGAAAUCACCUAAAAUAACAGACUUAGUAGGAUCACACUUUCCAAUCUCAUUUGAUUUCAAUUAUUAAAUAUGAAUUCAGGAUAAUUUUAUUUAUUGCAUUUAAUUAGCAAUAAAAAUAGCUUUGAAACGAGGUGUCACAAUUUGAAUUACGUAACGAUUAUUUUUUCCCCAAGAGGGCGCUAAAAUCGGAAUUUGACACAACAAUAUUGGUAUUGCUGAAUUCCCUAUAUAAUUACCUUUUCAAAAAUGUGGCACACUUGGUACUUUCCCUAUCUAAAUUUCAGGGGUUGUUCACUUCACUGUUCGAGGGUUGAAGUAUCGAUGCUGCAAUUGCGAAUAAAAAGUGUUCCCCUGGAUAUAAAAUUUGAUGUGUUUUUUAUUUUUUUUUACAUUUUACUACAAUCAAAAGAUAUUUGAACUAUCUAGUUUUGAAAUGAAGACCCUGUCAUUUCCGAUACCUAGAAGAAAAUAUGUGGCUUAAAGAAAAUGUUAUUAGUUUUUAAAUAAAUAGCUCUUUUAUUAAGAAAUA